UCGGCCAUCAGCUGAUGGAAAGGGAGGCGGGACCAAGGAAGUGAGCAAUUCCUGGGUCCAGCUUGUCCGGUGCCAUGGCUUCCGAAGGGGACGGUGCGGAGGACAUCUCUCCCGACUGGGCUGGGACCAGCAUCGUGGACCUGACUUCCCCGGAGCUGGAAAAGGCCAAUCCUUCCCUGAUGGACAGCGGGGAGGACUUUGAGGUCCUGGACAACGACGAGGAUGAGGACAUGAGCGGCCUCCCACCUCUGGAGGAUGUCCCCACCAAGAUGAGCAAGGAAGGAACUGCACCCAAUGCCCCUGCGGAGGAGGAUGGUGGCCCUGAGGAGGCCCCAGAAUGGCUCGACGUAUUAGGAAGCGGCUUGUUAAAGAAGAAGGUUCUUGUUGCGGGCCGUGGCCGGGAAAGCAAGCCGGUCAAAGGCCAGGAGGUGACUGUGCGGCUCAAGGCCUCCUUGGAGGAUGGGACGGAGGUGGAAGAAGAACCCCAGCUCACCUUCACGCUGGGAGACUGUGAUGUCAUGCAGGCCCUCGAUCUGUGCGUGCAACUGAUGGAGAUGGGAGAGACGGCUCUUAUUCUUUCAGACGCCAAAUACUGCUAUGGCCCUCAGGGGAGGAGCCCCAUUGUGCCCCCUGAUGCAAACCUGGCCCUCGAAGUGGAGCUUCUGGAAGCCCGGGACGCCCCUGAUUUGGAGCUCCUGAGUGGGAUGGAGAAGGCAGAGAGGGCCAACCAGAAGCGGGAACGGGGCAACGUCCACUACCAGCGGGCUGACUACGUCUUGGCCAUCAACUCCUAUGACAUCGCCCUUAAAAUCGUGGGCUCCAGUUCAAAAGUGGAUUUCAGCCCAGAGGAAGAGUCGGCGCUGAUGGAGGUGAAGGUGAAAUGCCUGAACAAUUUAGCCGCAUCUCAGCUGAAACUGGAUCACUACGAGGCAGCCUUGCGGUCCUGCAACCAGGUCCUGGAGCAGCAGCCAGACAACAUCAAGGCCCUUUUCCGGAAGGGAAAGGUGCUGGCUCAGCAAGGCGAAUACAGCGAAGCCAUCCCCAUCUUGAAAGCGGCGCUGAAGCUAGAGCCUUCUAACAAGACCAUCCACACGGAGCUCUCAAAGCUGGCCAAGAAGCACGCCGACCAAAAGAGUGUGGAGACGGAGAUGUACCGCAAGAUGCUGGGCAACACGGGGCCCGGCAAUCUCCCUGCAAAAUGCAAAGACAAGUCGCCAUGGUCGAUCCCGUGGAAGUGGCUCUUCGGAGCCACCGCUGUGGCCCUGGGUGGAGUAGCCCUAUCUGUCGUCAUCGCCGCCAGGAACUAGGAGACAGGGUGUCCCUCCUUCCUCUUGCUCCCCCGCCGCCUCACUUCCCACCCCUUCUGCUUGGUUUGGGACAACCGGUACACAACUUUGGACUGCAGGGCGGGAUUUAGGGGUGGGAGCAUAAGGGGCGGGUCUUAGCUUUUACCGACCUUUGGCUCCACCCACCUGCCCAUCCUAUGUUGAAAUGGGACCCAUGUGCCGGAAAGGAGGACUUCUCGCUGCCCGCAGACCCAGAAAUGUGGCAUCCUCUGGACGUUUCACACCUAUUUCUCUUACUUUUCCGCUUUCCCUCCUUACAACUGUAUGGGAUUUUUCUAUCUAAUGGAAAGGCCAGGAAGAAACAAUGAUAUGGGAGCCAAAGCAUGGAAUCUAAUACCGAAAUAUAGUCCCGCUUUGGCACCAAGUCUCGACCGUAGAGACUCUAAACCCCAUAGAAGUUAACCUGGGAAUUGGGGGAUCUUCCACCAAGGAAGUGGCAUUUCCUUUUCUGUCUUUACUUUCAAGACUUUUCUUAAAAAAAACCCGAAAUAAGGGGUCGAAGACUUGAAGCACUGCUUUGAACCCUUUCCUUUCCCCUUCAUUGCCCACCCCAGCCCAUAUGGAGCCUUCCCCCAGCUCCGUAGGUCUUGGUUCUUUUAUUUGCUCCCAUUCAAAAGAUUAUAUUUUGCGACAAACAUUGGCAACUCCUUUCCCCGUGUUCAAACAAACUAUUGGAAUAAAGCAACGUCCUCCUA